AUGUUGGAAUCACAUGUAAUAAGGAUCCCGAAGAAAUCGCUUGAAGAUGAAGAUGUGGUCAUGAUGGGAACUCCCGAAAAAACAAGGGUGAAAGAAAGUAUAUUUUCCUCUCGAGAUACCCAACAAGAAAGAGCUUUCUCUCCUCCACAACAUGAAGAAGAGCAACACUUUUUGGACCGAUACAGAUAUUGCUUUGAUGAGGACAUUGAGGAAUGCCUCAUCCCUGAAAAAUCUAACGAGAACAACACUACCGUUGAACCGAAACAGUCUAACAGACUUUUAACCCCAAAAACCAUUGUUAAAAGCAAAUCAACCUCGACAUUAGACUCUAAAGCUCUCAAAUCCUUUCAAGAACCAACACCGGUGAAAAAUAGUUCCCUUGCAGCUGCUUCCAUUUAUACAUCCCCUCAUCCAAAGACUCCUAAAACCAAGAAGUUAACCACCUCUAAAUCCUCUCAGAGUCUAUUCCCCCUGCAAACAUCUCCUUCCACUCCAAAUACGAACACUACACCUUCAUCUUCCAAAGGAACAACCCAUGCACUACAACCCAUUUCAAAAAUUUCUCCAAAAGCAACAUCACCAUCAAGCAGUAAUUCUCAGCACUCUGCAAGAUCAUCAACCAUUCACAUCACAAAUCGCUUAAUUGAGAGAAGGUCUUCCAAUACCAAAUGA